UGACACGUGCUCCACUCACUCGGAGGCAGGCGGUGCAGGCCACACAGUUGGGGGAAGGCAUCAGUGAUGCUGAGCAAGCUCUGUGGUCUAAAGUCGACACCCCUCGACCAAAGAAGGCCUGCGCUUUCACCUCUCAGGGUCCUCAGAACAGCCAUUCCGGCACCACUCCACCCUAUCCUCUCUUGGCCAGUGAUGAGCGAUGAGAGGCCAGGAGACGAAUAUAGACCAGCACUGAGCGCUGGCCUGGCGCCCGAAAGAUACUGCUGGGACAGCAUUUAUGUUCCUGCGUGAAGCCUAAGUGGUCAGGAGCCCUUUUCCCCACCGACUGUGGGCGCUUCAGCGCUCAAUCCUUGCCUAUCAAAGAAUGGUGUUAUAUCACGAAUGGAAAAAACAAAACAAAACCAUGAAUGGACGUGAAAAGGGGAUGACCCUUUGUAAGCUCUUGGACGCCUGUGGCCACUCUGUCCAUCCAUUUGCAGCACCGCAGGAAGUGAAUCUCUGCACUCGAUAAAUGUGGAGAAGGCAGCAGGGCCCAACCCGGGGCGUCUGCCCGUCCCGACUGCUGGGGACGCGUCUUCCCUCCUCGGAUGGUCCAAAUGUGUCCCGCCAGGCGCGCGCUCACGCAGCCAAGCCGCUAGCCCCAACCGCCCCACGCGCUGGCUUCUCACUGCCCCGGCGCAGGCGCGGGCGCACGCGCCGCCGCCCGCCGUUCCUUCCCUCCCGCGGAGCCAAGUGGUAUUCAGGAUGAAUCGGAGCGAGCCCUAACCUUAACCUCUCCUGCCACCACCACUCUAUAUAGCCUUUGGCGUGGCUUUCCAUCGAACUCGGCAAAUUUUGCAAAGUGGGGGGAGGGUUUUUUAAAAAUUGCAUUUGCAAAAGUUCGCUAUCUGGCCCGGCGGGGGGGGGGGGAGGAUGGAGGGAGGGAAUGGGGCGCAGGCCCCGCCCCGCCGCCCUUUGCAAAUAAAAAUCUAGAGGGGGGGGGGAGGAGCAGGAAGUGGCGGUGCGAGGGCUGCUGCACAGCUAACAGAGCCGCGUUCCGGACGGCAGCGCGUGCCCCGAGCUCUCUGCCUUCCCCCGCCCGCCAGCCCGAGCCCGAGCCCGCGAUCCCAGCAACAGCCCGCAGAGCAGCCCCAGCAGCAGCGCCAUGGCCGGGUGGAACGCCUACAUCGACAGCCUUAUGGCGGACGGGACCUGUCAGGACGCGGCCAUCGUAGGCUACAAGGACUCGCCCUCCGUCUGGGCCGCCGUCCCCGGGAAGACCUUCGUUAGCAUUACGCCAGCUGAGGUUGGUGUCCUGGUAGGCAAAGACCGGUCAAGUUUUUUCGUCAAUGGGCUGACACUUGGGGGCCAGAAAUGUUCUGUGAUCCGGGACUCACUGCUGCAAGACGGGGAAUUUACAAUGGAUCUUCGUACCAAGAGCACCGGAGGAGCCCCCACCUUCAAUGUCACUGUCACCAUGACUGCCAAGACGCUAGUCCUGCUGAUGGGCAAAGAAGGUGUCCACGGUGGUUUGAUCAACAAGAAAUGUUAUGAAAUGGCCUCUCACCUGCGGCGUUCCCAGUACUGACCUCAUCUGUCCCUUCCCCCCACCGUUCCCUUUGGCUUUUGCACCCCCUUCUUUCCAUACACACACAUACCAUUAUUUUUUGGGCCAUUACCCCAUUUCCCUUAUUGCUGCCAAAACCACAUGGGCUGGGGGCUGGGGCUGGAUGGACAGACACCUCCCCCUACCCAUACCCCCUCCUGUGUGUGUUUGGAAAAUUUUUGUUUUUGGGUUUCAUUUUUUGUUUUUUGGUCUUUUUUUUUUUUUUUUUUUUCUGAAUAAAAAAAGAUUCUACUAACAAGGA